AUGUCGUUGGAUGCAUUAUUGAACAAGGACGAGUUGACGUCGAUGGCUGAUGGCGGGGGGAUGGACGGUGUUUGUUCUUCGUUGGUGGGGAGCAGAGAACGCUUUAUGAGUUCUAUGAACGAGCGAUUCAAUGGUCUUUGUCACAAGGAUAGGCGGGAACAGCAGUAUCAGGACUGGAAGUAUCUCAGUUAUCAAGAGUUUGAGCUUGUUAACGAGUGGAGUGCCCAGAGUCGUGAUUUGACUAUCAACCAGUGUGAUCAAUUAAUUUCGAAUAUCAAAUCUGCACAAGAUGAGUGGAUGGACUACGAGGUGUUUUUGAGUGGGAGGUCUACGGUUUUGGGCGAAUUGGAGGAGAAGAGACAGAAGGAGAUGGAGGCUCAGGAAGAGCGGCAGCGAGACAGAGACCAUCUUGACAGGCAGCAGGACAAGCAAGAGAGACAGCAGCAGCAGCAGCAGCAGCAGCAGCAUCCGCAGUCGACAAAGAUCAGACAGGAAAGGCAGAGGUCCGCGGCGACUGCAAAUAAGCGAUCUGCCAAAAGAAGUGGAGGGAGCGGUAAUUCUGUUGCGUUUAGCGGGUCCAAAGCGAAGGCCGAAACCUCUGUGGCAAACCGGAAUCAUCAGCAGGUUGGACACGGUGGCAGCGCCGCUACAGAACUCAAUGGCGCCGUCAAAGAACUUUAUCAAGGCAAAUCCCAUAAUAGAGGAAAAGGAGAUGAGGAACCGCGUACCAUCGAGAGUUUAAAACAGGGCGAUGAAGAUAGAGAGGAUAAAGACGAGGACGAGGACGAGGACGAAGAUGAAGAUGAAGAGGAUGACGAAGAGGAAGAGGAAGAUGAUGUAGAUGAAUUGGACGAACUGGAAGAAAUCCAGUUGAUGGAUGAUGAUAACGAUAGAGACUUUUCUCCUGAAAGUGGUCGCUCUAAAAGUUCUGUCAAGUUUAACAGCAAGAUUGACGUCAAUUCUGACGUUAAUCUGAUCCAAAAAGAAUUGAUCAAGAUGGCUCAGAAGCAUAGGAAUGCCAAGGCUAAAAAGAGAAAGUUCACUAGUUGCAUUGUCCAGAAGUAUGAUGCUGAUCACAGUAAACUAGAAGUCAAAGUAACUUUAAAGCAAUUACAUAUAAAACGUUUGAAGCGGCUGAUCAACGAAGCUAAACGAAAGCGUGCUGCUGAAGAAGCUGUAGUUGCCAACGAACAACAAGCUGGUUCGUCAAAGAAACGGAAGACCGGACAAAAAUCAAAAUCAAACACCAGUGGCAAUGCUGCUUCCUCUAACGAGACGAAUUCGGCAGAGUCCCCGGCCAUUGGGGCUAAUACAAAGGUUAAUGGUGAUGCAAACUCUUCCGAUAGCCAGGUACCUGUUGUUCCUGAUAUAAACCCAACUACCGGGUUGCCUACUUAUGGUAUGAAGAUGACCGCAAAGGAGGCAAGGGCAAUUCAGAGACAUUAUGAUACUACAUAUAUUACUGUGUGGAAAGAUAUGGCUCGUAAGGAUUCUGCAAAAUUGUCUAGAUUAGUUCAACAAAUUCAGUCUAUUAGAUCUGCAAACUUUAAAAAGACUUCUUCAUUAGUCGCCAGAGAGGCAAGAAAAUGGCAAAGCAGAAAUUUUAGACAAGUCAAAGAUUUCCAAACAAGAGCACGUAGAGGAGUGAGAGAAAUGUCAAGCUUCUGGAAGAAGAACGAGCGUGAAGAGCGGGAAUUGAAGAAGAAAGCAGAGAGAGAGGCUAUCGAACAAGCGAAGAAGGAAGAAGAGGAAAGAGAAUCUAAGAGACAAGCAAGAAAAUUGAAUUUCUUACUUACCCAAACUGAAUUGUACUCACAUUUCAUUGGUAGCAAAAUCAAGACAAAUGAACUGGAAGGCAGUAUGGCUGAUCCUUCCUUGUCUAUGUUCACUGCUGGUAUAGAUUUAAGCAAUACUGAUCCAACCAAAACGGAAGUGCAUCAAAUUGAUUUUUAUAAUGAAGAUGACGAAGAAUUACGUCGUAAAGCAGCACAAAAUGCUUCUAAUGCUUUGAAAGAAACACAAGCCAAAGCUAAGGCUUUUAGCGAUCCAUCUGAUGAGGCUGAAGAAUUAAACUUUCAAAAUCCGACAUCUUUGGGUGAAAUUACCAUUGAUCAGCCUAAGAUGCUAGGCUGUACCUUGAAGGAAUACCAACUAAAAGGUUUGAAUUGGUUAGCAAACUUGUAUGAUCAGGGUAUAAAUGGUAUUUUGGCUGAUGAAAUGGGUUUGGGUAAAACCGUGCAGUCAAUUUCAGUGUUAGCUCAUUUGGCAGAACGUUAUAAUAUAUGGGGCCCAUUUAUAGUCGUAACACCUGCUUCCACAUUACACAAUUGGGUUAGCGAAAUACAAAAAUUUGUUCCAGAUUUCAAAAUUUUGCCUUACUGGGGUAAUGGUAAUGACCGUAAAGUAUUAAGGAAGUUUUGGGAUCGAAAACAUUUGAGGUACGACCGAGAUGCUCCCUUCCAUGUAAUGAUAACUUCUUAUCAAAUGGUUGUUUCAGAUGCUGCGUAUCUACAAAAAAUGAAGUGGCAAUAUAUGAUUCUAGAUGAGGCGCAAGCGAUUAAAUCUUCCCAGUCUUCACGUUGGAAGAAUUUAUUGAGUUUUCAUUGUCGUAACCGACUGUUAUUAACCGGUACUCCAAUACAAAAUAGCAUGCAAGAGUUAUGGGCGUUGUUACACUUUAUAAUGCCUUCUUUAUUCGAUUCUCAUGAUGAAUUUAACGACUGGUUUUCUAAAGAUAUAGAAUCACACGCUCAGUCUAAUACGCAAUUAAACCAACAACAGUUACGUCGUUUGCACAUGAUUUUGAAGCCAUUUAUGUUGAGGCGUAUCAAGAAGAACGUUCAAUCUGAAUUAGGUGACAAAAUUGAAAUUGAUGUCAUGUGUGACCUGACUCAUAGACAAGCAAAGUUGUAUCAGGUUCUAAAGUCCCAGGUUUCUUCUAACUACGAUGCUAUCGAAAACGCGGCAAGCAGUAUCAGUGGUGAUGAUUCGGGCAACUAUCCUGCAACAUCAGACUCUAAAAUCAUGAAUACAGUUAUGGAAUUUAGAAAGGUUUGUAAUCAUCCAGACUUAUUUGAACGUGCAGAUGUGAGUUCACCGUUUUCCUUUACUAAUUUUGGUCAAACUGGGUCUAUAAUAAGGGAAGGCGAUGUUGUGGAUGUUCAGUAUUCUUCCAAAAAUCCUGUGACCUUUAAUCUACCAAGAUUGAUCUAUGAUGAUCUAAUUUUGCCAAAUUAUAAACAUGACAUUGAUGUGAGAGCAAAAAUUUUGUACCAUAGUAUGAAUAUUUUCCAUCCUACUAACUCUCCUGGGUUAUGUUCCACACUUUCAAAAGUUACAGGCUAUGACCCUGAUUCAUUUAUGCAUUUAUCCAACCUUGAAAUUGUUAAGAGAGCAAUUCACUUAUCCAGUAAUUGUGCUAAUAAAAAGGAUAUCAUACCUAUUGUUUAUGACAAGGAGGAUUUUAAUAUGAAUUUAUUUGAAAAGUCUCUAUUAGUUACAAACGAGGUUGAUUAUUUACGCAACCUUUCCUGUACAACUCGAAAUGGUGUAUUAGAGUCGUUAUUAAACAUAAAAGAUAAAGUCUACGAUGAACAGUAUAUGAAUGUAUUACGUCCAGCUUACCGUCCAAGCGUCGCGGCUCCGCCAAUUAAUAUUCACGUUAUGGGAUCUAGAAAUUUUAUGAUUAGAAGGGAUCAUGAAUUGUUUGAACCUGAAAUUUGUCAAAGUCUAAGCAUUGUUCCACCUAUCACCCAAAAUAGUUUGGUCCAAAGAAAUAAGGAGAUGCUAUUCACUGAAUUACCGAAAUCAGAAUUAUAUCCUAGUCCGUUGAAUAAGAGCUUUUCCUCCUACAUAUCUAUGCCAUCCAUGGACAGAUUUAUCACUGAAUCUGCUAAAUUGAAAAAGUUAGAUGAGCUAUUGGUACAGUUAAAGGAAGGUGACCAUCGUGUAUUAAUUUACUUUCAGAUGACUAGAAUGAUGGACUUGAUGGAGGAAUACUUAACUUACAGACAAUAUAACCAUAUCAGGUUAGAUGGGUCCUCAAAAUUAGAGGAUCGUCGUGAUUUGGUUCACGACUGGCAGACAAAAUCUGAUAUUUUCAUUUUCCUAUUGUCCACCAGGGCAGGUGGUUUAGGGAUUAAUUUAACAUCUGCUGACACUGUUAUAUUCUAUGAUUCAGAUUGGAAUCCAACGAUUGAUUCUCAGGCAAUGGAUAGAGCUCAUCGACUAGGUCAAACCAAACAAGUCACUGUUUAUAGAUUGUUGAUCAGAGGUACUAUCGAAGAAAGAAUGAGGGACAGAGCUAAGCAGAAGGAACAUGUUCAGCAAGUUGUCAUGGAAGGAAAAACCAAAGAGAACAAUGUUCAAACCGUUUUGGCUAGUGGAAGUUCAAUUGAUCCACUUCCAACUCCACCUGCCAUCGAAGUGGUAAGUGAUACCACCGUAUAG